CGGCUGCUGAACUCCACCGUACAGUACGUGCCCUACUGCGGCGCCCUGAGCCCUCGCACUGCCCUAGCGCUGGUGCGGCAGUACGACGUCGUCGCCGACUGCUCCGACAAUGUCCCCACCAGGUACUUGGUGAACGAUGCCUGUGUCCUGGCUGGGAAACCCCUGGUGUCCGGCAGUGCCCUCCGGCUGGAGGGGCAGCUGGUCGUGUACAACUACCAGGGAGGGCCCUGCUACAGGUGUCUCUUCCCCAAGCCCCCUCCACCAGAGACGGUGACUAACUGUGCAGAUGGGGGGGUGCUGGGUGUUGUGCCAGGGAUCAUGGGGUGCAUCCAGGCCUUGGAAGUGCUGAAGAUCGCUUCGGGAAUGGGUUCCUCCUUCAAUCAGUUCAUGCUGAUGUUUGAUGCCCGUGAAGGGAGAUUUCGCCACAUCAAGUUAAGACCAAAGAAACCGGACUGUGCCGUUUGUGGUGAAAACCCAUCUGUCACCUGCCUUCAAGAUUAUGAGGCAUUUUGUGGUUCUUCUGCCACAGACAAGUGUAGGACUUUACAUCUGCUGUCCAGUAAAGACAGGGUAUCUGUAGAGGAAUACAAAAAACUGUUGGAUGAGCAAGUUCCCCAUGUGUUGCUAGAUGUUCGUCCGCAGGUGGAAGUGGCUAUCUGUCGCCUGGUGCAUGCUGUCCACAUUCCCUUGAGUAAGUUAGAAGAAAAAGAUGAAGAAUAUCUGGAAUAUUUAGAAAAAAGGAUUUGUGAAGAAAAGCAGAGAACUAAUGGCCAAACAUCUUUUCCUGUAUAUGUCAUUUGCAAAUUAGGAAAUGAUUCCCAGAAGGCUGUAAGAAUUCUGCAGGAGUUACCUGUCAAAGAGUUUGGUUCUGUGUUAGCUAAGGAUAUUAAAGGGGGGCUCAUGGCUUGGGCCAGUAAAAUUGACCCAACAUUUCCUCAGUAUUAG